AUGGACUUUGAAAAGGGCUGUAUGAUUGAGUUAGAUAGUGAGGAGGAUGACGUUAAAGAAGAAGACGACAUUGAGGACGACGCCACUGCGUAUUUUAUGAUUAACGAACUGCAAGAUCAUUCCUUUAUCCAUUGGAUAAGUGGAUACCACGACGAUAUCGAUCAGGAAGGAUUCCACCACAAAUUGGAGGUAAGAGAGCUUGAUCAAUCAGAGCGCAAGGAUGGCCUCCUAGAACCUGCUUCUCAAUUUGUACUUGAACACCAUGAAGGCGAGAUUUUCCAAGGAAUUCUUCCAGAUACUGGAGCAGCAAAGGUAUCAACUGUUGGCCGACGUCAACUUGCUGCCUUACAGAGAAGCUAUCCAGAGAUUACCGUUAAUAGGACCCGUGAGAGUAUUCACUCUGAGGGUGCUGUUACCAUAACAACCCUAAUUGGUGAUGUUAAUUUUUAUAUUAUGAACACGCUAACCUCAUUCUUGCUUUGCUUAGACGAUAUGGAUAAAUAUGGCGCUUACCUAGAUAACAUUGUGAACUGCAUGAUAAAGGGAGACGUACAGGUCCCAAUUAUCAGAAAGCGAGGCCACCCAUGGUUCUUCCUUGAUAAGAAGCAAGCGCCAGUAACAUUUCUCAUAGAGAUUGAGAUGAGACGACUUCACUGUUGGUUUGGCCAUCCUGCGGUUGACCACUUACACAAGCUUUUAAAACGAGCAGGCCAUGACGAUAUGGAUUACAACAAUCUUGUAGAAAUUGAGAAGUUUUGCCAUCACUAUCAAAUGAACCAGCAGGCACCACAACACUUUAAAUUCACAUUGAAUGAUGAUCGUGAGUUUAACUAUGAGAUUGUCGUCAAUGUUAUGUAUUUAGAUGGUAAGCCAGUGCUUCAUAUUGUCAAUUGGGUGACGUCCUUCCAGGCCGCACAAUUUUUGAAGUCUUUAUCUGCGAAAGAUACAUGGGAAGCGCUCCGGGCAGUGUGGAUUAAUACUUAUCUUGGCCCUCCUGAUAUCAUCUUACACAACGCAGGAACCAAUUUUGCCGCAUUAGAAUUCAAAACUGAGGCUAAGAUGAUGGGAAUCCAAUGUCACCAAGUGCCAGUGGAAGCACACAAUGCAAUUAGGAAAGUUGAGCGUUACUAUGCACUACUGUGUAGAGCAUACAACAUUAUAUUGGUAGAACUAGGCGCCAGCGUCGAUAAGGACGUGAUCCUCUAG